AUGGAGAAGUUUCUCGGUUCAUGGGUGCUCGAGAAAAAUGAGAACUUUGUUGAAUACUUGAGUUGUCUUGGUGUCCCCCGCAUGGUUACCUGGAUGGUCAACCGGCUGCCCGUAACAGUUAACGUAUGCCAGGAGGCAGACGAGUACACCAUUGAAAACGUAACCACCCUCAAAAAGACCAAUGCGAGAUUCAAGCUUGGCGAACCGUUCGAGGAAACCAGCAUGGGUGAUACAACUUUCAAGUUUAGCUGA